GUGUGGUUAUUUUUUAAAUUUAGCCCGUUUUAAGUAUUUUUCCCCCAACAGUAAGAAAUAAGAGAAGGUUGGUGACUCGGGAUCCCAACAGCGAACCAUCACGAGUCUUUGAAACCUCGUACGUCUUCGAAUUUCCUUUCUAGCGCCAAAUUUUAGUCAUAACCCUUCUCUCACAUCCCUAUUGAACCGAGAAAGUCUCUUUUUAGUUUUAGAAGGCAAUUGAUGACCAUAAAAGGCAAUCUUAGAUUUAACGCUCUGAUGAGUUUGCAACCAUAUCACUGAUACAAAAUGGAGUUGAUCGAGUACAGCAUCAUCGCCUCCUCAUUUGCCUUCCUCCUUUGGAUCCUGUUUUUAGUGACUGCCAUUAUUUKAUUCAUAACAGGAAAAUGGAACGAUCUGGUGGACUUAAUAGCCUUCAACGUGUUCCCAGGCAUCCUAAAGUCCAAGAAAAACGACAGGAACGAGACUGUGGUUUAUCUAAGACAGGGAAAAAUUCUAUUACAGGAAAAAACCCUCUCAGAAGCUAAGAAGGCAUUGUCUCGGGUUUCUCUUCUUUUUAUAACUUCUGUCUUCAUCGGAUUUGGUCAUUUCCUUUUCCUCGAGUAUUCAUACGGCUGCAAAAACGAUCAAAGUCAUGAUUGUUUCGAGUUCCCCAUCCGCGAUGGAUUUCAUGCUGUACGUGCAAAUUGCUCUGACCCAGAUAUCUUGCAAGGCAAGACUCGAGUCAUUUGCUACACAUUGGUAUUCCACUUUGAGCUUGCUGUUGGCAUAAGUUACGGGAUGUACAGGGUUUGCGAGGUGCUUUUGUCGCUUACUUCAACAUUGUUCCUCAAAAUGAACCAGAAUCAAUUGAGGUGUUUUCGGAUAUCAGUUUUGAUUAUCACGAUCAUCAUUUAUGUCAUUACUCUUGUUCUUUCCAUAGUCUAUAAAUCCCAUCCUGUCUUUAGAAUUAACAUUAGCAAUUUAAAAUGGUUCCUUAAUGUUUUUUUGGCAUUUCUAACAAUAAAUUGGUAUAACUUUUUUAUGCCAUGGGAUAAAAUUAUCGAACAAAGAAACAGAGAAAAUACUGAGGAAGUAGGCUUGCCGGAUAACUUAGACCCAACAAGCUCGGCUUAAUUUUUUUUCAUGAGAAACAUAAGAAACAAAAGACACCUCGCAGACAGUAAUGUGAUUAAUAACGUACUCGCCAAAACAUUYCAAAAAGAAAGAAAAACACGUUGAAAUGGGGCAAGAAAUGACCAAUGAAAUGUACAAAAUAACAUUAUCCGUCAAUAGCAAGUCACAAAAAAUGAAAAUAUCUUAAUCAUAGUUUGAAUAUGAAAGUCUUCAGUUGCUAUAGAAAGAUGCCCAUCAAGGAAAACGUAUACACGUUAAAAAACUGUGCCCUAAAGUCUGAAUGCCAAAACAAUGUCAUACGAUCAAAACUCCACCAAUCACAAGCCACGGAAACGGGUGCUGGCUUAUUUUCAACAAUUUCUUGGAAGCCGAGCUCAAUUUGUUAAACAUUGAAAAGACUAGAUUUGCAUUUCUUGGUAGCGAUCAACCCGAAUGAAGAAAUCCAUAGCAAAAUACAUACGAAUGCCAAGAAGAUAGAAUGGCAAUGUUGCCACAGACAAAACAAUGAUAGCUAGAAAGCUUGAAUUACAACAAACUGUCUAAAA